AGUAUGUCGGAUGUGCCACGCAAUGCUCAAUUGGUGGGAACUAGUGCGUUAGCGCAGUUAGCUCGUUAACGACAGACUGUCUGAUGAAGGAAGAACAAACAAAUAUUAUGUGAAAUCAAAUUUAACUUCCCUUUUUCUUUUUUUUUCUUUUUUUUACAGAACUCUUAGUUACCACAUAGCUGGUUAACAGCCUGUAACAUGCAGUAGGCACAAUACAUUUUGCUGUGUGUGUUGUAUACAAUAAUGUCACACAUCUUAAAUGACAUCAGGGAAAUAUUAAAAAUAAAAGCUUUAUUGCAGUUUGUGCACCCACAUAACCACUGGUGUGCUUUCACACACCUGGAAAACUUUUAUUUCUCUGAUUGUGACUGUGAGAAGAACUUUUGGUGUUUUGUCUUUUGACAAGACAUCCACAUCCCACUACCACACAAAAUGUUGUAGGUGUACACUGUGGUUUUAGCUUAGCUGCAGAAGCAGAGGUGGGGCAGAGCAUUUCAGAGAGCAGUGCCAGGUUGAGCUGAAUGGUACAGCUGCUGCAUAUCUUCUAAUCAGCCAUUCCUUUUUACGUAGCAGGGUGAAAUUUUGAGACACAGAGACCACAGAGCAGCCACAGCCGUACCAAGCUACACACCUGUCUAAGAAGGAAGUAACCUGAGUUGUUGCUUAGCGUAUUGUGGCAGACUGGGUUUGAGCAGCACAUGGCUUUUGUUUGUAUACAACUGGAUGUGAGCUUAGGCUGCUCUCAAUUAAGAUUAUUUCUUCUGAAAGUCAUAAAUCCCUGCAGCUCAAGAACUUUGGAUACGGACCCAAGAUCUCUGGGAGUAUCCCCAAAGCAUCAGAGUUUUCCACAUUAAUGCACAUGGAACAACAGUAGUAGCCUAAGCCUUUCCACAAAGUCAUAGUUUUGCUGCCAUUUGGAGCACACCAGCUUUAAAGCAAGGAAGAACACACAGAACCUUCAUGGUUGUUGUGAUGGAGGACAUGCAGAAGGGCGAUGUGACAGUGGAGGAUGGGUGAGAUGGAGGCAGAUGUCCCACUAUGUUGAUUCUUAAAUGGAGUGGCUGGAAAAAAAAGCUGCUGUUUCAUUACCUGCGUGAAGUAACUACAAUAUGGCAACACACAGAUGUUACAGAUGGUUCUGAAAUCCCCAAAAUAAUAAAGAAGUUUUACAGACAUUUGGACUUGCUCAAAGUGAACAUUUCACUUCCCAAAUGUUGCAGUGUGGAAGGGAGACAUCUCCAAACAUUUAUGUAAUAUAGCCAAAAAAUAACUGAAUGAAAUAACUGUCCAUACUUCCCAAUCAUUACAUAUUAACUAUGCUUCUUUAAUACAUCCCAGCCUUCAUUUAUCAGAAGCCAAAAUUGGCUUUUGUGUAGGUCUAAGUCCAACAAUCAGAGAGACAUAGUGGAUCAUCUGGUUGAGGCACCUUGACCUUAACAGUAUUUCUUCAUCUUAUGUUAUAUAUUUCUUAAUACUUAUGAUACUCUGAUGAUGAGCAGGAAUGUGAACCGUGAGACCAGUUGAAAAUCUACUGCUAUUGUCUGUUGUCAACUUUUGUAAAAGGUGAUUUGAUUUACAUCUACAUUAUUUACAAAAUAUUGAGGUAAACUAGGUUAUAUGUUUUUAAAAAAAUUAAUUUUUAAAAAAACAGACAUUGUGUCUUUGUUAGUAAAGCACAGAAAUGAGAUUUUUGUUUGUUUUUGUUGCAUUCUUCAUUGUCAGAUUGCGCAUGGCAAUCUGCUUUUUGCUUUUAAAUGGUAAAUCUGAGUCAUUUUAAAGAAGUUAUUGACAUACUUGUACUGUAUUUUUUCUCAUGAACACAUUUGCAUCAAGAUUUAAAAGCUAAACACAACUUCACUAUCUAAAACUGAAACCAGUGAUUUUAUCCUACAAGAUGUGCUAAUCAUCAGUCCGGACCAUACAUACAGGAAACACUACUCACUGUCUCUUUUGUCUGUGUGUGUGUAAAUAGAGAGAGAGCAUCAGAAGCACAAGCAGUUUAUGCUGCCACUGCUGCAGAGAUGAUGCGACUGUGUUGGGCCCUAGUACUGAUUUUUUCUUAUUCCACUUCAGAAGGCACUAUAAUCAUCACAGAGCCUGGUGAGAGCAUCACUUUGAAGUGUUCCUCAGAAGUAUGCCCCAAAAACAAUGGUCGAUAUGCUGGGAUGUAUCUGUAUCAUAGGUUUACUGAACAGAAUGAGGUGUAUUACUAUAGAAACCAUGUAAACAGCAAAGUCGCUGUGCGAUCGAGAUACAAAGGCAGGAUUGAGUCAAACGGAGCUCCCAUGAACCACAGCAUCACCAUGACCAAUCUGACUGUGGAUGAUUCUGGUGUCUACACUUGUGUCUACAAAGAAUCAGUAGACAAAAGUGUUGAGUGCAAAGUCUACACAGUUUUUGUAAGAGAAAUAACAAACAAACCUAACAGAGAGCUCCAGACGACCACAGAGAAGAGACGUCUACCUGGUGGUAAUCGUGAGCAUAAUACUACCGAGCAUCCCAAAGAACCAUGUUCCAGACAAAAAGCGCUCUUGUCCACUGCAGAGGAGAGACAUCUACCUCUGGUGUUAAUCAUCAGUAUUUCCACCAUCAUCCUGCUGUUCAUCAUAAUCUUAAUCCUACUGAUGAUCCAGAAGGCGAGAAAAAUGAAAAGCCACGAAAGAAAAGCAAGACCUUCCCUGCAAGGAUCCAGUGAUUAUGUGUAUGAAGUUAUGAUGAAGACCAACGGGUGCCCAGCAGCAGCUCCAGAGCAGCCAACACAAAACCCCUAUGAGCUUGUUUAGAUAUGUAGUCGAAUAUUAUUCGCUUCUGGAGGGUUUCUUUUUAAGCUGUUGAUGGGGUGUUUUUUCUUCUUCUUUUGUUUCACUGCUUUUGGUUGAUUUUUGUUUUUGAAGUGAUUUAAAUCACAAUGAUGCACUCAACGUGACCAUUCAUAGUGUUGCAUUGCCUCUGUUCCCUGAUUAUUCGAGAAUUGAGAGGGCAUUUGAAAAAAGCAUAAAUACAUAUUGUGAUAUCAUAGGGAUACGGUUUGGGUUGUUGCUUGUGAGGACCUGGACCUCAGACACCAUAAUAAACAUCAGCAGCCUGAUUAUUCAUCUGUUAGUUUAGCACAAAUGAACACGUGGUGAGUGUUUCUUGUUUAUGUAUUAUAACUUGGAGGGUGCAUGCGAGGACAUGUGAAACACACUUGUGGCCA